AUGCCAGGCAUCAUCAAUUCCCCCCUCAGCGACAGCAGCGUGGGCGCAGUCGCAGGCAUGAAGAGGGUACACGAUGCGGACAGCGUUCCGACAUAUGGGGCACCGCACCCCAAGAAGCAGAAGGUCACACACCAACUCCGCUACACGCAACCCGUCCAGUACAUUGCAGACCCCAUCAGCGCAGAGAUUGGCGAUUUCGGCGACAGCAAGGAGUUUUUCCACCAGCAGUUGCGCCGCUCAGUAGCGAUACAAUGCAAGGCCCAGGGCUUCGAUAGCGCGUCACCGGAAGCAUUGGAGGAGUUCACGGGCCUAGUUGAUUCCUACAUGACCAAGUUCCUAUCACAAGUACAGAAGUCCAUGAGCAGCGCGCGGCGCACCGAAACGGUACCUCACGACUGGGUAUACGCCCUCGUAUCAUCCGGUCUGCGCGGCUCAGGACCACUCGAAUCACACCUCGACACCGGCGACGUCCCACCUUCAUUACUACAACCACAUUUUGACCCACCUGCGCCUCCUGAAGCACCGCCGCCAGACACCGAGUCCCUCCUAGGUCCUGGGCUCUCUGGCAAAGCGGAUAAAGAGGCGCGCCCCUACAUUCCAUCACAUUUCCCGCCAUUCCCAUCGCGGCAUACUUACAAGUCAACACCCGUCUUCACCGAGCGCGAGAAUGAUCCGCGCAAGAUCCGAGAGAAGGCGACAGAGGAGGGCAUACUAGCCGAACAGAGUCUUAGAAAGCUCAUGGCCGCGCAGAAAGCCGGUAUUCAGAAACGGAACGCCGGGAGGCGCAAACGAAGCGCGCGCAUGAAAAAGAGCGACGAGCUGUGGCAGGCAGCCAUGACAGACCUGCUCGCAGAAGAGAAGCAGAAUGACAAAGAGGAAGAGAGACAACGCGCCAUGGAUGCAGAUGAAGAGCCUGACUGGGAUGCGCCAAUGGAGGCGCGACCGCGGCAGGCCCCGGUAACGGUUGAUCGGAAUGUCAAUCUGGAAGAAUGCGUACACGUGAACUACGAGCAGCGAUUCUGGCGAAAAUCUGCUAUGGGCGGUUAG